GGCUUGGCCUGACAGCUUCUCCUGUCUGUCUCUUUGUUGUGAGCCCAGGACAGCAGAGUUUGCUGCUCCCCACCAGCCUUGCAGAGUUUGGGCUGAUCACUAGGAAGGCAGCAGAAAGAGAAACUCGGUUCGAACUUCACCUGGAGCCUUUGGUCUCCCCCUCUUCCCAAAUUAAGAAGGAGAGGGACGUUUACCUGCCCUCUGCUGCACUACAAGGGCUCCCCUAUGAAGGCGACUUGCUGGAUCCUGGCAGGUUUUUACCUGCUUUUCUGCUGCAAAGCAGAAGAGGGACUGAAUUUCCCCACCUACGAUGGGAAAGACCGAGUGAUCGACCUGAACGAGAAGAACUACAAGCAGGCCUUGAAGAAGUACGACAUGCUCUGCCUGCUCUUCCACGAGCCUGUGAGCUCUGACAAGGUCUCCCAGAAGCAGUUCCAGAUGACAGAGAUGGUCCUGGAGCUGGCAGCUCAGGUCCUGGAGCCCAGAAGCAUUGGCUUCGGGAUGGUGGACUCCAAGAAGGAUGCCAAACUUGCUAAAAAGCUAGGCUUAGUUGAAGAGGGAAGUCUCUAUGUCUUUAAGGAGGAGCGGUUGAUUGAAUUUGAUGGGGAACUGGCCACAGAUGUCUUGGUGGAAUUCCUCUUGGAUCUGCUAGAAGACCCCGUGGAGAUCCUAAGCAGCAAGCUGGAGCUUCAGGCCUUUGACCAAAUCGAUGACGAAAUCAAACUCAUCGGCUACUUCAAAGGAGAAGACUCUGAACAUUACAAAGCAUUUGAAGAAGCCGCCGAACACUUCCAGCCAUACAUCAAGUUCUUUGCCACCUUCGACAAAGGGGUUGCCAAGAAGCUAGGUCUGAAGAUGAAUGAGGUGGACUUCUAUGAACCGUUUAUGGAUGAGCCUGUUCACAUCCCUGAUAAGCCUUACACAGAAGAGGAGCUGGUUGAAUUUGUGAAGGAGCACAGAAGGGCCACCUUGAGGAAACUGCGUCCAGAGGACAUGUUUGAGACGUGGGAGGAUGACAUGGAGGGAAUCCACAUUGUGGCCUUUGCCGAAGAAGACGACCCAGAUGGUUUUGAGUUCCUGGAAAUCCUGAAGCAGGUUGCCAGGGACAACACCGAUAAUCCCGACCUGAGCAUUGUCUGGAUUGACCCCGACGACUUUCCUCUGCUGAUCACUUACUGGGAGAAGACCUUCAAGAUUGACCUGUUCAGACCACAGAUCGGGGUGGUGAACGUCACAGACGCUGACAGCGUCUGGAUGGACAUCAGAGAUGACGAUGACCUGCCCUCGGCCGAGGAGCUGGAGGACUGGAUAGAGGACGUGCUUUCUGGGAAGAUAAAUACCGAAGAUGAUGAUGAUGACGACGAUGAUGAUGAUGACGAUGAUGACGACGAUGAUGAUGACGAUGACGAUGAUGAUGACGACGACGACGACUAAUUGUGACUCUGUGCAGUUUGACUUGUGGGGGCUGAGAGGCCUCCCCCCGCAGCAGGUCCCUCCAUCGGAAGACCUGUGUUUGAGCGUCAGCAAGCACCGCUGCUCCUCUUUCCCCCCUGCCCCGCUCCCCCUGCCCCUGCCCUUGCAGGGACCCCCCGGCCUGAUUCUCAGCGGUGCUGAGCCACUGGGACUGCCCCUGGGGCAGGCGGCACCUGCAGGCACCCAGCACCGCUGUAAAUCAUGCCUCCUUAGUAAGGACAAUAGGAAUCUGCAGGGAAUCUGCCCCCAGUGCCCCAGGGCAGGAGGAAAGUGCCUGCCUGCUCGCUGCCAGAGGGACACAGGGAGCCAAUUUGUAUUCUCCAUGCUCAUCGGCCCAGCACUUAACAUCCAAAGACCAAAUCUCACUUCAAGACAUAGGGAAGGCCACUGUAAAGUUUAGUCCUUUUAUUAAACACAAUGCCCUUUGCAGCUACUCUGCCAAGACCACUCAAUCCUGCAAGUUCUGCUGCGGGAGUCUAUAGCUACUCAUUAACACGCUACGAGCAGCAAAAGGCUUUGGGAGGGGAGGAAGGUUUUAGGGAUGCUGUUUAAGUUUUCAGUGAUUCCAUAUAAUGACAGGAUAUUCUUGUCUGGCAGCACAAUGCAAAACCAAACACCAUGGUCCCUGUCUGAACCUCUUUCUUCUUGAAAGCUCAGACCAAAGAUAGGGUAAGUGCAGGUGGUCUGAUAUGGGACAUCAAAGCUUGCGAGUUCCUGAACUGCUGGAAAGGCUGAUCCAGGUCUGAGCCCAAACUCUCGAGGCUGAAGAUCACGGCACUGAGCCAAACUGUUGGUCUUAACCCCAAAGAAACACCAAAGCAGACCCCGGGCCAGUUCCAAACAUCUGCAGCCAGGUCUGGGCUGGGCCUACCUUGCCUUUCAGGUGAACCCCAGCGGGAUUGAAGGUGGUGCACAUGAGAGAGACAGCACACUCCUGCCAGUGGAAACAUUCAUAGGGGCCCACCCUGAAGCCCAUGACCUUCCAGCUUUAGCUGACUUUUAAUCCAAAACCUACAUAGCAUCUUUUCCCAUGACCAAGAUGUUGGGAGGGAACACAUCCGUCCAACUAUAUUAGAUGCUGGAUAAUGAGAGUUGGGCAAUGAGCAGUGAAAGGAUUCAAGCUGUUUGGCUUUUAAGUACUCAAUUGCACAGUUACUCCCUGCUUAGAGACUCGGAUGUCCCAUGGUAGCCCGCAAGAAGCCUCUUUUGACUGCAGACUGAGAAGUUGCUCAGGGCACCAGUUCACAGUCAAGGGGGUCACUCACAAAGCAAAGGGUCAGCAACUCAGUCCCGGCGAGUGCAGCACCAUCCAUGUGCAGGUCACUGCAACAGUGUUAGGUCUCCCUGCUUUCCCAUGCCAGCAGAUUUCAAUUGUCUUAGCUUAUUAGGUUUGACAAUAGUGCAAUGAAUGGAGAGCUUGGAGAUAGUUUUAUCUUUAUAAAUACAUUUAUAAAUAUGUUCUCCAGUCGUUCAGACUUGUUAGCAUAGGUAACACGUCCUCUCUUGCUACAGAGGAAAAUCAUUGUUCUGACCUUUCUUGUACUGGCUUAUGUCAGAGGUAAGUGAUGUUAGGAGAAAUAACAGUGUGAGGGACAGGAGAAUCGGAGCUCAUUAAAUGAAUGCAAAUCAGCCUGAUGAGAAACAAGGUUUACAUACUAUAUUUUUCCUUUAUCAGAUGAACUGCAAAGCAAGAUUUUAUAGAUUUUUUUUCCUGCCUGUUGAUCAGUCUCUUUGACUCUCUCUACAUUAGCUGAAAUAGAAAUUUGAAACUACUGGUAUAAAAAAGCUGAAGUACUGAUAUAUUCCUACGUGUGCCAUAUCCCCUUGGUGGAAAGUGCCAGCAUGAACAAUAUGCAGCUGGAUAUCUAUAUAUCUCUAUGCAUAUGAAUGAAUACUGUGUGCUUAUAUGGUAUAUGACUGUAGGCCACGUUAGCUCCUCAUUAAACAUCAAACACUCAA